AUGGCGAAUUCAACCGCAUUCGAAAAGGCAACCGUAUAUAGCCUGGGUGAGCGUGAAGACGAUCCUGCAAAGACACUCGCCAAGCUUUUAAAAGCAAAUCACGAAUCAAAUGCAGUCCUCCGUAAUCCGAGGCUGCUCUUCCACAAUCAUGUACCUCAUGCUCUUGGAUCCUCUUACCUUCUUGGUGCCGACAGCGCCAAGCUGGAGGAGAUUUACGCCGCCGAAAAGCCCAAUCUCUACGACAUCACCACUGAUCUGGUGCGACAUGUCAUCACAAGCGAUAACUGGAGGCAAUUCCUUGGCCAGAAGAAAUAUACCGCUGCCUAUGUUGACUACUUUGACGCCGAGAUAGAAAAAGUCAACGGGGACUGGAAAAGGGUUGUUGCAGAUCAUCUUUACUCGGGAACGCAACCCUUGGUCAACUCGUUUUGCGGUGGACUUAAUCGUUACUUGGCAGUUGGACAUCCGUUUAUUCAUCUCGCGUAUGGGUACGAGUUCGAGAGCAAGGAGGUUAUUGCUGAGGCCUUGAGUCUCGGGUGCACCGAGUAUGACCAGAUGCACGUAUAUCUGGACACUCCGCCUCCAGACACUUCGACGUCCAAGACUAGGAGCAUUGCUGAUGUUCUAGAGAAUCUCCGCAAUGACAAGCGCUUCGCCAACUACACUGAGAGUCUUGGAUUCGCCAAUAUGUUCACCUUGUUCGGUAAAUUUGAGCCUGCAUUGAGGGAGCACUUUACAUCGUUGAUUGUAGACAACGCGGAUGAACAGUUGCUGGACUGGCUACAGACGGCUGCAACUCUGGCGACAACUGCGGCCACAAUUGAGGGCGGUUACGAUUUCUAUAUUGCUCACAUAUUGACUGUUGGCCACGCGCUGCGGAUCUUGAUGCCUUAUGUUCCGGAAGAGCACAAGGCUCCUGUGAUGAAGCAAUUCGGGCUAUUCAUCAUCCUUGUUUACCUUAUGCAGCUUACUCCAAGAUAUGACUCUACAAGCAUUCGGUCUUUGAAGGCUAAAAGUCAAGGGUGGAAGGAGAUAUACCAGGAUGCUCUGGCCAGUCAGUGGUUUACUGAUGUGCAUUGGUCGAAAGUAGUGCGGGCAUUGAACAUGGUCGAAGAGGUUAGAGGGUCUGAGGAUGAGUUUUAUCAAAAGGCGGCAGGCAAGUUUAUCAGGGAGUUUGAUGGGUGGACUGGAUUUGGCCUGGGCGUCGAUGCUAUUCCUUAG